AUUUUCAUGAAGGAAACCACACAAAGUAUCCGCCAUUUUAACAAGUUUUCUCAAAAAGAAACAUGUGGAGCGACGAUGUUUAUGAACCAGAUUUUGAUCAGACAUAUGGAACGGGGUAUGAUUAUGAAUCACAUACAGGUGAUCCCCAGCAAGAUUUAGAAUAUGAAAGACAAUAUCACUCAUCUUCAUUUAUUGUUCCUGAGGUCAUCAAAAAUUUUCUCUUGAAAUUUCAAGGUCAUAUCUUGGAUCAGAAUCUUUAUGAGAUUCAAGAUGCAUAUGAAAAUGGGUUUACUCAACUCACUGAAAGUUUCUUUAAAACUUCUCCAUGGCCCGAAGCUGACAGUAUUGCACCUAUUAUAGCAAAAGAAGAUCCUAUUUUCAUGAUACUGUAUAGAGAACUUCAUUUUAGACACAUCUAUGCUAGAGUUCCUAGUGGUCCAUCAUUAGAUCAGAGAUUUGAAUCUUACUAUAAUUAUUGUAAUCUCUUUAAUUAUAUUCUCAGUUCUGAAGGACCAGUACCAUUAGAAUUACCCAAUCAGUGGCUCUGGGAUAUAAUUGAUGAGUUUAUUUAUCAGUUUCAAUCCUUUAGUAUCUACCGAUGUAAACUGGGAAAGAAGAGUGAAAGUGAACUCGAAAUUUUGAAACAAAAUCCCAAAAUAUGGAAUGUUCAUAGUGUGUUAAAUGUUCUACAUUCACUAGUAGAGAAAUCUAACAUAAACAAACAGCUAGAAGUUUAUACAAGUGGUGGUGAUCCUGAUAGUGUAGCUGGUGAAUUCGGACAACAAUCUCUAUAUAAAAUGUUGGGUUACUUUAGUUUGGUUGGUUUAUUACGACUUCACUCCUUAUUAGGAGAUUAUUACCAGGCAUUGAAAGUUCUAGAAAAUAUAGAUUUCAACAAACAGAAUCUGUAUUCUCGUGUACCAGCUUGUCAGAUCACAACAUUUUAUUAUGUUGGUUUUGCGUACAUGAUGAUGAGAAGAUAUCAGGAUGCUAUACGAACAUUCUCUAAUAUAUUACUAUAUAUACAGAGAACUAAAAAUAUGUUUCUCUCAAAUAAACCACAAAUAUAUGAUCAGAUAUCAAAAGUUAAUGAUAAGAUGUAUACAUUGUUAUCCAUAUGUUUAACACUUCAUCCAAUGAGAAUAGAUGAAAGUGUUCAUUCACAGUUACGAGAAAAAUGUGCUGAUAAGAUGCUCAGAAUGCAAAAAGGGGAUAUUAAUGAAUUUGAACAGAGUUUUUCUUUUGCUUGUCCAAAGUUUUUGUCUCCAGUGCCUCCCAAUUAUGAAUCACUUGGAGCAAAUUACCAUAAAGAACCUUUUAAUCUUCAACUUAGAGUUUUCUUAGAUGAAGUUGGUCAACAGAUUCUGGUACCAACAAUUCGCAGUUAUUUAAAAUUAUAUACUACUCUACCUGUUUAUAAACUGGCUGCUUUCAUGGAUGUUAAUGAAGAUGUAUUAAAGACACAGUUAAUGUGCUUUAAGCAUAAAAUGAAGAAUGUUGUGUGGACUAAAGGUACAAGUGGUUUAGAUGGAGAAUUCCAAUCAGCAUCUGAAGUAGAUUUCUAUAUAGACAGAGACAUGAUUCAUGUAGCCGAUACUAAAGUAGCUAGAAGAUAUGGUGAUUUCUAUAUCAGACAGAUACAUAAAUUUGAUGAGAUUACAAGGACGUUAAAAAUGCAGUAGAACUAAUACAAGAUUAAAGAUUUGUCAUAAAAUAAAAAUAUCAAAAAAAUAUUAAAUUAAAAUAAAUUGCUUAUCAUUCUUAUGUAAAUUUACUGAAAGGGCAAAAUAAAUCAUACUGCCUAAUUUGUAAAACACUUGUUAUAAAAGUCAGUAAUCAGAAAACUGGAUGCUUUAUAGUGGACAAUAUUUUAAAUCCUCGUGCCAUGAAUAAUAAGUACUGUUACACUUCAGUAAUAUUGAGUAACAAAUAUUUCAUAAAAUAUUUCAUUUUGAUAUGUGAAUCUGCCUUACUAGCAUGCUGAAAUUUGAUUUAAUUAUAUAAUGGAAUAAUAAAUAAAAACUCUGUA